AUCAUGUCUGCUGCAAAUUCUGAGACUACAAACUCAACCAUCUCCAGAGAGGCCAGCACUCAGUCCUCAUCAGCUACCACCAACCAAGGCUAUGUUUUACCUGAAGGCAAAAUCAUGCCGAACACUGUUUUUGUUGGUGGAAUUGAUGUUAGGAUGGAUGAAACUGAAAUUAGAAGCUUCUUUGCUAGAUAUGGUUCAGUAAAAGAAGUGAAGAUAAUCACUGACCGAACUGGUGUGUCCAAAGGCUAUGGCUUUGUGUCAUUUUAUAAUGACGUGGAUGUGCAGAAGAUAAUCGAAUCACAGAUAAAUUUCCAUGGUAAAAAACUGAAACUGGGCCCUGCAAUCAGGAAACAAAAUUUAUGUGCUUAUCAUGUGCAGCCACGUCCUUUGAUUUUUAAUCCUCCUCCUCCUCCACCACAGUUUCAGAGUGUUUGGAGUAACCCAAACACUGAGACUUACAUGCCACCUCCAACUAUGAUGAAUCCUAUAACUCAGUAUGUUCAGGCAUAUCCUCCUUACCCAAGUUCACCAGUUCAAGUCAUCACUGGGUAUCAACUGCCUGUUUAUAAUUACCAGAUCCAACCACAGUGGCCUACUGGGGAACAAAGGAGUUAUGUUAUACCUCCGGCUUAUACAGCUGUUAACUACCACUGUAAUGAAGUUGAUCCAGGAACUGAAGUUUUGGCAAAUGAAUGCUCAGUUCAUGAAGCUACUCCAUCCUCUGGAAAUGGCCCACAAAAGAAAUCUGUGGAUCGAAGCAUACAGACAGUGGUAUCUUGUCUGUUUAAUCCAGAGAACAGACUAAGAAACUCUCUGGUUACUCAAGAUGACUACUUCAAGGAUAAGAGAGUGCAUCACUUCAGAAGAAGCCGGGCAGUGCUUAAAUCUGUUUGAUCCUCUCUACUAGCCUUUAGUCUCAGUGCAAGUUACUAGUUUUGAAUAUUAAGAAGAGACUAAAAGGUUUUCACUAGUAGAGAA